AAUUAUACAUUUGCAAAAACCCAUUUUCCCCUUUAGUUUCUCCAACAUAAUUGAGGUUCAAUUCUAAAGCCAAAGAAAUGGGUCGUCUAAAUCUUCUUAUAGCAGUAGUGUUAUCAAUAUAUUCAGUUGGUGUAGUGUUCAUGCCCAACUUGGCUUUUGCACAACUGAAGACCAAUUAUUACGCCAAAACCUGUCCUAAUGUCGAAUCCAUUGUUAGAAAUGUGGUUAACCAGAAAUUCCAACAAACAUUUGUCACAAUCCCUGCUGUUCUCCGUCUCUUCUUUCAUGAUUGCUUUGUUGAGGGUUGUGAUGCUUCAGUGAUAGUAUCGUCAACACCAGGGAACACAGCUGAGAAGGAUCACCCAGAUAAUCUAUCAUUGGCAGGAGAUGGAUUUGAUACUGUGAUCAAAGCCAAAGCCGCCGUUGAUUCAAACUCACGUUGUAAAAAUAAAGUCUCUUGUGCAGAUAUUCUCGCCUUAGCCACUAGAGACGUCAUUCAGCUGUCGGGGGGGCCAUGGUACCCAGUAGAAUUAGGAAGGCUAGAUGGGUUCACAUCAAAAGCUUCAAACGUGGAAGGAAAGCUGCCAAAACCAACAUUUAAUUUGAACCAACUCAAUUCCAUGUUUGCUUCUCAUGGUCUAAACCAGAGCGACAUGAUCGCCCUUUCUGCGGCUCAUUCUGUUGGGUUUUCACACUGUAGCAAGUUUGCCAAGCGGAUUUACAACUUCAGCCCUAAGAGUCCAGUAGACCCAACACUCAACAAGCAAUAUGCAGCUCAAUUACAAGGGAUGUGUCCAAGAAAUGUUGACCCAAGGAUAGCCAUUAACAUGGAUCCCAAAACUCCAAGGACCUUUGACAAUGCCUACUUCAAAAAUUUACAGCAAGGUAUGGGCCUAUUCACAUCUGAUCAAGUGCUUUAUACGGACGGGCGAUCCAAGGGAACCGUGGACAUUUGGGCUAGUAACUCAAAAGCAUUCCAAAACGCAUUCGUCAGUGCAAUGACAAAGCUGGGCCGCGUUGGUGUGAAAACUGGGAGGAAUGGAAAUAUUCGUUUCGACUGCGGCAGAUUUAAUUGAGAGUAAAAAAUAUAUAUUCUUUUUGUCGUUUGGUCAACGGCUAAUUAAGUUAAUUCUUCUUUUUUAUUUUCCUUUCACAAGGCAGAGAGACUUGAAUAAAGGGGAUCAUGAGGAUUGAACCUUACACGGUAAGAUGUAAAAUAACAGUUCUAUCACGGAAUUACUAUUCAAUCCUCAAAAUGAUAAGUUGUUCAAAUAAAUGGGGAUUAUAAGAUUCCUUUUAUCUUUGCGGAAGGGGGUGAUUUUGUAUUCUUGGGAUGUGUAACUGUUGAAUAAAAUUGUGUGAAAUCCAUUGUUCAUAAUGUACGAAAUUUCAAAACUAUUAUAUAUGCGGGACUUUAAUUUA